GCUAACACCAGGCUUGCAAGUAUUUAAGGACCGCAUCCCACCGCCGAAUAUUCGUGACGCGAAUGGACAACAAGUUCCCAUCCCGCCACAAUUGCCCGCCCCCAUAUUUAUCGGGUUACCACAACUCGACCGUGCCCUGGGAUUUCAAGACCCCAGCGAGCCGUAA